GCAGAAGUCUGAAAAUUUAAAUAAUGUCUUUAAUGCAACAUAGAUAGUCGAAAACGCCUAAACAUAAUGACUGAAUAGAAUUUCAGUGAUUCUAUGAUAAAAAAUGGUGUUUGUGUAUUUAGUUGGCAUUAAGUACGCUGUAGGUACACUGAAUAUUUUUAAAAUAAUUUCUAAUUCACAACUCGAUUCAGAAUUAGAAAUUAGAUUUAAAAUUAGAAUCUAGAUUUAGAAAUUAGAAUUAUAGGACUAUGGAACCCAUAAACACAAAGCGCAAAAACAUCUGUAAAAUUUACAAUGGUGUUUAAAAACAAAAAUUAUUUGGAUGAUAAGUAUUUUUUCGCAAGUUAACAUAUAAAAUUGUGGACUUACCAGAUCGACUACGCCAAGUGGCAAACUGAUUGUUUUAAAAAGCUGCGGUCUUUUAUAUACCCAGAGCUCCCGUUGCAAAACAUCUCGCCCUUCUUUAAUAUUCCCCUCAAAGCCUGUCCGCUCUCAUAAAAUACCAUGGUAAUUGACAUAUUUCAAUUAUUAUAACCGCAUAAAUUGAUUCCAUUAGUGCCAGUAAAAUAUUUAUAGAACAUUCUUUUCUUUUCGCCUGACUGCCUACGCUAUUCAAAAUAAUAAACAAGGUGAAAAUAAAUGCGAAUAUAAUGCGAAAUAAUUUUAAAUUAUUUAAAUUUGGAACUUUGAAAUAAUCUUUUUGCUAUCGAUUUAACUGGCCGUAAUUAUUGUACAAUAGGUAUUAUGUUUUUUAUGUGGCUGUAUGGAAUAAAUUUUAAUCAAAGCAGUAAAAAAAAAGAUUUCACGCUUCCCGCGCUCAACUGAAUAUUUGUUGUAAUUUCUAUAUUUUCAAUUAUAAAAUACGUACGGUUCGUCUUAAAAUGGGUGUUACAUCCGAAUUCGAAACAUUAGAACAACAAUUUGUUGAACUAAUAGGAGAAUUUCGGACAAUUACGAUUUCGGAGGCUCGUCUGCGUGAGUCUUUGCGGUCUGAAUCGACUCGUGCGGAGGCUGCCGAAGCAGCCCGAGCGGCAGCUGAGCGAGCCGCAACAGAGGCCCGGAAUGGCGCCGCAGCCGCCACCGCCGCCGUCACCAAGGCUACCACUGCCCUUGCUAGUACACAGGAACAUCUCACUGGACUUAAGAUUCAUCUUGAACUGACGGAAAGACAACGCAAGCAUUUAGAAGAUCGUUGCUGUGAAAUGUCAGAACAAAUAAGUUCGCUGGAAAGACAGGUACAGCAGCUUAAACCGUUGCAAUCGGCGCAUACUACCCUGCAGCGACAAUACACUGACCUGCAAGAGCGCAUUUUUAAAGCUACUGAAGAAGCCCGCAGAGAGUCGACAAGACUUGAAAGUGAGUUAAGGAGAGUAGAAAAAUGCGCAGCCGCUGGUUCCGAGAUUAGAGAACGGGCGCGUUUGGCUGCCGCCGCGCAUGCGCGUGAGAGACGCCUUGCGUCUGCCGAACAGCAACAUACCAACAAGGAACUGCUCGCUGCUAAUGCUGAGAUAAGCAAACUCAGAGCAACAGUCGCUGAGCUCCAACUUAACUUGUCUGAAUACAGUAUGAAGGACACAAAGAAAAUUGUAAAUCUUGAUGUAGAAACUUUAUCAGAAGUACGAGCGGCCUUAGAAGCUGAGCGGACUGGAGCAGCCAAGUUAGAAAAAGCUCUAGCUGCGGCCUUAGAAGAUAAUGCAACAUUGGCAGCGCAACUGCAUAGCAGUGAUAAUCCAGAUGGAGAAAACAAGCCUUUAACACCUUUAGAAUCUACUUCUACUAACAUUUGCCCGAUUGAUUCAUUCUUGGCUUAGUAAAAUAAAUUACAAUGAAGA